CUCUGCGAUCUGUUACCUCCCCCUCCUUUGGAAGCACCAGCAGCAGCAGCAGCAGCAGCAGAGGAGCUGCCGUGCCUUUGACGGAGCAGAUACAGUAAGCCGGAGUCAGAGCUACACCCCACAUAGCCAUGGCAGACAACGCCGGCUUGGAAAACCACCGCAUCAAGAGCUUUAAAAACAAGGGGCGCGAUGUCGAGACUAUGAGAAGACAUCGAAAUGAGGUGACGGUUGAGUUGAGAAAGAAUAAACGAGACGAACAUUUACUGAAGAAGAGAAAUGUCCCACAGGAGGAGAGUCUGGAGGACUCUGAUGUGGAUUCAGACUUUAAAGGGCAAAAUGUUACACUUGAUGCAAUCUUACAGAACGCAACCAGUGACAAUGCUGUUAUACAGCUCAGUGCAGUGCAAGCAGCCCGAAAACUUCUCUCCAGUGAUAGAAACCCUCCUAUUGAUGACUUGAUAAAGUCUGGGAUCCUGCCCAUUUUAGUCAAAUGCCUGGAAAGGGAUGACAAUCCUUCACUUCAGUUCGAGGCAGCUUGGGCUCUGACCAACAUCGCCUCUGGGACAUCAGCACAGACUCAGGCUGUGGUUAAAUCAAAUGCAGUGCCCUUGUUCCUGCGGCUGCUACACUCUCCUCACCAGAACGUCUGUGAACAGGCCGUAUGGGCUUUAGGAAACAUCAUAGGCGACGGUCCACAGUGCAGGGAUUAUGUCAUCUCCCUGGGCGUAGUGAAGCCUCUGCUUUCUUUCAUCAACCCAUCUAUCCCCAUCACCUUCCUCCGCAAUGUCACCUGGGUCAUCGUUAACCUCUGCCGCAACAAGGAUCCGCCUCCGCCCAUGGAGACGGUGCAAGAGAUUUUGCCUGCUCUCUGUGUGCUAAUAUAUCACACUGAUAUAAAUAUACUCGUAGACACAGUGUGGGCUCUGUCUUAUCUGACGGACGGAGGAAACGAACAAAUCCAGAUGGUCAUUGAUUCUGGAGUUGUUCCAUUUCUUGUGCCUCUCCUCAGCCAUCAGGAGGUGAAAGUUCAGACUGCAGCUCUGAGGGCAGUUGGGAACAUUGUGACAGGAACAGAUGAGCAGACCCAGGUGGUUCUUAACUGCGACGUUCUCUCACACUUCCCCAAUCUGCUCACCCAUCCUAAAGAAAAGAUUAACAAGGAAGCUGUCUGGUUCUUGUCCAACAUCACAGCUGGGAACCAGCAGCAGGUCCAGGCAGUUAUCGAGGCCGGGCUAAUUCCUAUGAUCAUCCACCAACUGGCCAAGGGUGACUUUGGCACUCAGAAGGAAGCAGCAUGGGCUAUCAGCAACCUCACCAUCAGUGGAAGGAAAGACCAGGUGGAGUUCUUAGUGGAGCAGAAUGUCAUCCCUCCCUUCUGUAACCUGCUGUCAGUGAAGGACUCUCAGGUGGUGCAGGUUGUCCUGGACGGCCUCAAGAACAUCCUCAUCAUGGCUGGAGACGAAGCCAGCACCAUUGCUGAAAUCAUAGAGGAGUGUGGAGGUUUGGAGAAAAUAGAAAACUUGCAGCAACAUGAGAAUGAAGAUAUCUACAAAUUAGCCUUUGAGAUCAUUGAUCAGUACUUUUCAGGAGACGAUAUUGAUGAAGACCCUAGCUUGAUCCCUGAAACCACUCAAGGAGGAACCUUCAACUUUGACCCUGCAUCCAACAUGCAAACAAAGGAGUUCAAUUUCUAAAAAGCCAGGAUGUUUGGUUCCACUAGUUGCAGGGGCGUCCUGUAAUUACCGCAGACAUUCAUCCAUCUCUCCCAACAAUCUGGCAACCCGGUACAGAAGGAUUUUAAAACACCAAUCUCGCCACUAAAGGAUUUAAAUCACAGCCACUUCUGCACUGUGGGGAGCUUUUUCUUUGUCUUGUUUUUUUUUUUUUUUUAAGUUCCUUCUAGUGCAACUCUUCAUACUAGUUGUUCUGCUGGCAACCUGCAUGAGGAGAACUGUCAGUGCUGCCAGUGCUUCUAUCACUCAAAAGUAAAACCAGAAGGAGGGGAAAAAAAGCCUUCUUGGCAAGAUCCAAAUUGCCAAAUGUCAAGUCUUCACGACAGAAACACAAGCACAUUUUCAGAUCCAACCGCGCGCACACACUCUCACAUUUAUAUAUAAAUGUAUAGAAAUACAUAUAUGUAUACACACUUUCUGACACUUGGGAUUUGUGUGCAUUCUUCUGUUAGAAGCCGUCAUAUCAAAUCUGGGGAAGAAAUACUGCUGUUGGUUUGUGGUUUUAUAUUUUGUGCUUUCCCUCCCUUGGAUCGUCACCCCCUGCACGCGCACACACACACACACACACACACACACACACACACAGACACAGAGAGAAACACAAUUGUACACCCUUGGUCACGAUAUUUCCUGAUGAACAGGCACACCCCUCUGUCACCCGUUUUAAAGAGAUAAUCCCCGAGCUAAGCCAUGAUUACCACGGACCCCCUCCGCUCCGCCCACCCAGGAAGUGGAGGUGUGAAAGGGCUCAAAGGUAAAAACAAUAGAGGAAUCCGUGGCAAACUGACUGACGGGACUUCUGACUCAGUUUUCAAAGUUGUUUUUUUUUCGUGUGACCUCUGUCAAAAUAUUAGACUCUUUUAAAGGAAUUCAUCAAAUGUGAAGAAAAUGCCAUAUUUUUUUUUCUCUCGACACAAACAGCUAAUGUCCCUCUACAGAUUCAGAAGAGCAGCAACUGUUUUUUUUUUUUUUUUUUUUGGUUGUCAAAAUAUGUAAAUUUCUGUCACCAGGCGGACGAUGAAGGCACAGAGACUUACAAAAAGAGGGAACGCAUCAGCCGUACCAUUUGCCCCGCCCUGCAAACUGUUUUCCUCUGGACUCCCCUGUAAUGUGAAAACUCAGAUAUGGGGGCAGGGUUUGGAAAAAAAAAAAAAAAAAAAAAAAACCCUUCAAA